AUGUCGAUGGCAGCCACCGGCUGCUUGAUGUUGUUAACCCUAACCAUUACCCUAACUGCAAGCCUCAUUUUUCCGUUGGUCUACGGAGCAGACAUCGAAUCAGACAAACAAGCUCUGGCUGCGUUGAAGAAGAGCUUAGUGGAUCCAUGGAACGUUCUCUCUGACUGGGAUGUCGCCGUUAACCCAUGCACUUGGAACUUCAUUGAGUGCGAGAACAAUAGGGUCACCUCAGUGAGCAUAGGCAUGAAUAACGUCGGAGGAAAUCUGGUACCGGAACUUGGAGGUCUUUCGGCUCUAGUAGAUCUGAGUAUUUUCAACAAUAUGAUCGAAGGAACCAUUCCGGCGGAGCUUGGUAACCUGCAGAACCUGGAGGUCUUGAGUUUGUCAGAGAACCUAUUAUCAGGCGAGAUUCCUCCUUCACUGGGGAACUUGAGAUCACUGGUUUUUGUACAUCUCGAUCAAAACGAAUUCACUGGGAAAGUCUCCUCCCAAAUUGGAAGCCUUCCAAGCCUCAAACUAGCAAAUUUUUCCGGGAACAGUUUGUGUUGGGACUUCUGGCCCACGCCAAAUUUUCUGGGUAAUUACACAUUAUGCCAAGCAGAAUGA